AUGUCGCUCAGCCGCAUCCUGCCAGCGGGUAAAAACGCUCGAUUCGUUAUCAUACCGCUGCGCAGUGCACAUCAGGUUGCUGAAGCAGGAGCGGCAUCGCAAGUUGAUCUGAGGCCAGAAGAGCUCGAUAACCCUUCAUUCUUUCAAAAAAUAUCGCUCCGAUUCCAAGGUAUUCCACUGAAAGGAGAGCUUCAUGCUCCGAAAUCCAUUUUUUCUGAUUGCGGAAAAGAAUGGUUUGCCCCCAAGCCGCUACCUGAGAUGCCUAAAGACUACAAAGAACAUCCAGAUAGAGAUUUGGUAAACUAUCCCUAUCCCGCUCGGCCAAUGUAUCCGCCGAAAACUCGUCUUCUGAUGAUGCCUGACUCCUGGUUUCAACCAUUUAUGAAAGUGACUGGAGUAUCAGGUCCAUAUUUGUUCUUCGGAGGGCUGUUUGCUUUCCUGGUGAACAAGGAACUGUGGGUGUACGAGGAGCAGGGACAUAUGACUGUAGGAUGGAUCUUAUUCUAUCUGCUCAUAUCAAGGACUGUUGGAUUCCGAAUUGACAAUUGGUUGUAUGGAGAGUAUCAGAAGCGUAUGGAGUACUUCAAAGGAUUGAUUGCCGAAGAUCUCAAGGACGCUGUCGAGUUCAGAAAGACGUCUGCUGCUGAAACUGAAUCUCUGAAGUUAGUUAAAGAGAACUUCCCCGUCAUAAUGAAGGAAAAUAUGCAGCUACAGCUCGAAGCACAGUACAGGUGA